GUCGCCAAGGCUGAGGUCACAAUGGCGUGCGACGGGGGACCGGGCAAAGGCCGGCCUCUCCUGUGAGGGACAGGAAGGGCCUCCUCAGCCAGGUUGAAGGAGGGAGCGCAUGGCUUGGAGAAACGGUUCCUGCUCUUCGGAUUUUGUCUACGAAGACUCUGGGUGAUUACGUUUUCUGCACUCCGCGUACAGUAGGGGGCAGUAUUUGAAAAAGCAUGAAAGCAUAUCGGCGACAAGUAGAUGAACGUCACCCAUUAAUACCAGGAUACACAGGCUAUAUCCCUCUUAGAUUCUACCGAAUUGGCAGUAGUUACGGAAAUGAUUCUGUGUGGUGUGUGAAUGCAUUUCGUGAGACGACUCAGAAAAAGAGUGACCAAAUGAAUGAACUGAGGUGUAUAGCAGCUACAGCACCACGGCUACCGCCUAUUUGCUCCAACGAAGAGAUUAUAAAUGUACUUGAUGACUAUAACUACAAACAUCAUCCCAAUGUGGUGGGGCCUGUGGAAUCAAGAAGAAGUCUACCUGAGCCACCCAUUCCAGGCUGGACGGGCUUUGUACCCAGGUCCAAGGUGACGGAGUUUGGCCACGGAGUACGCUACCAUGUGAUGGCAGAAAAUUGCUAUCAAGAUUUUAAGGAUACCUUGGGUAGAAUCAAGCAUGAUCCUCAUAGCAAAGAACCCAUGGAAGAGGUCCAGGUAGCCAAGCCCAAAGUAACACGCCCACACCAGAGAUUCUACAGGCCUGAAGGAAUGCUGCCCAAAUACACUGGUCAUAUUCCACAUGAACGGUCUGGCAUCGGAAAGACUUUUGGUAAUGUAUGCAGAAGCUGUUCUGUGUGUUCCCACCCUGAUGUCAGCUAUGGGGCAUAUCUUGCAAAGAAACGUAAGGCUAAAAAGUUGCAAGAAGUGACCCAGGAAGAGAAGAAAGUCUUAACUGCAUAAUCUUUUGAUCUUUGACAUAAGACAAUUAAAA